CUAUCUCACUUCUAGUUCUCCUCAUUUGGGUUUGCGGGUGGGUUUUGCAUUGCUCUGGAGUUUCUGCGUCUAUAGCUAGGUGCUGCGUGUCCCAAUAGCCGAUUGGGUUGACUUGGGAGCUUCUCAAAGUGUUGAAGUAGUAUUUACUAAUAGUGGCAUGGUUAAGUUGGAUUUUUGUUUGGGUUUGAGGCAUGUGUGCAGGUGUUUACUGUCUAGAAGUUGUUAGAAGCGUGUUAAAUACAAUUGCUCUUGAUGUGGCAUGUAGAGGUGGUUAUGAGUAUGUCGUCUUUGCAAAUUUUCUAAGUUGCAUCGAGAAAGAACUUGCUCAUUCGCAAGGUAGCCCUCUAUGUCACACAGAGCAAUAGGUAGUUGGAGUGAGGACUUCUUGUGUUGGACGAACCCUCCACAUCGUUUUAUACUUAGCAGCAAGUUCGAUCGUUCUUGUUGAAUGACUGAUUACUUGUAUGCUCGGUGGACGAGUUGUUUGAGACCAAAAAAUGGCUCUCUUUACAGGCAGAUAUUGUGCUUAGAGGUUAUCGAGGCUGGAAUACACGACGUGCUCUCGAAGUGUUGGACAAUUUUUUCCCCAAGGAUGCAGAAAACCAACCAGAGCUUGUGGUGGUAUUUUUUGGAGCUAAUGAUGGUGCUUUCCCUAUGCCAAGCGGUCGAGGUCAACAUGUUCCCCUUCCAGAGUUCGAAGACAAUUUGUGUCGCAUUUCAGCACAUCUUCAGGGCCAAACAUGGAGAGAAGGGAGCAAAGUAUCUGGACCGCACAAAUGAGCGUGCAUGUCAGUACGCUGCAGCAUGCAGGCGUGCAGCUCACAGAAUGGGAGCGGGAAUUAUCGACCUCUGGACUUCAAUUCAACGACAGCCAGACUGGCAGACGUCCUGCCUCACGGAUGGGAUGCACCUUAGUGCUCAAGGGAGCGGGGUGAUGCUUGAGGAGCUAUUAAAGGUGCUGAAAGAUUCCCCCUGGCAACCAAGCUUGCAUUAUGAUGCUAUGCCUGAAGACCUCUUAGGGCCUCAUAUUUACAACUUUCUGCACCCCUGUGAAGAAGAUGUUGAAGAAGCUAGAGUUUCAUCGUAAGUUGGCUUUAAUCUUAUCUUGAGCCAUUCUACUGAGUGCACUAUUUGAUCUAGAAUUCACGAAGACUAGAUGCUACAACAGAAAAAGUCUUAUUGGAAGUAGUCUCGCUUUUUGUGUUUUACGAUCUUUGCUAGAAUUUCUCUCGUCUUUCAUUAGAAUAUUUGAAUGGAAAAUCAUCCUUGAAACUCACUUUUAUUCAACAAAUCUCUUGACUAAAAAGUCAAAAGCUGAGUUUACUUAUCAUCA